UGAAAUAUUUUCGAAAAGGACGUAUGUCAACGAAUUAAAUAGGCUUUAAGGCUUUUUAAAUUACGAUGUAACAUUUUUGCUUAAUUUUAGUUUUGGGGUAUAAAACAGCGAAGUCUUUGGUAAAAAUUAUCAGAAGCAGAUCAAGAACCUCCUCGCCAAAAAGAGUUGAGUAACCCCCGCUCCUCAGUGAAGAGAGUUGAGCCCUGAGCGACACCAGCCACCGCUUACCAGCCCUGAGUCGACCCCGGCGCUGUGCAAGUGAACACUUCAAGCUAAAACAAGUUCCACUUCUGAGCACUAUGUCCGAUUCAGAAUUUGAAGUUAUUCCGAAGCAGGGAUCUACAAAGAAGACUCCUGCUGCACGCCAAAUGAAGCGUUCGCGAGCCCCUCCGUCGAUUUCGUCGAUUGACCAGGAGAAUACAAAGAAGAAAGCAAAGACACACGACAUCUUCGGGCUAAGUCACGGGCGCACGGUCGGCAAUGAAGGAAGCGACAAGAGGAUCGUAUCGUACUUCGUGAACAAGGUGGCGAACGGGUCAGAGCGGCGUACAACUAGCUUGGAUGGCGAAUACGUGGUGGACUUGAAGAUAUACCAACACUGA